CGGAAUCAGGAGGAGCAGCUUUACAAUGAUCUGAUGGUCGGUUAUAACCGGAAUUUUCGCCCCGCUUCAGACAAGGAGGAGAUUGUCAAUGUUUCUCUCAAGAUGACCCUCACCAACUUAAUCUCCCUGAACGAGAUUGAUGAAGCUCUCACAACGAACGUGUGGGUAGAGAUGAAAUGGAGAGAUUACCGUCUGCAGUGGGACCCAGAAGAGUAUGGCAACAUCAAAUGUUUGCGGAUCCCUUCGAAGUUGAUCUGGCUGCCAGAUAUAGUCCUGGAGAACAACAUCGAUGGGGUCUUUGAUGUGGCCUUGUACACCAACGCUUUGUUAUCACCUGACGGGAGCAUCACUUGGUUGCCCCCAGCUAUUUAUCAGAGCGUCUGCUCCAUUUUCGUCACCUACUUCCCCUUCGAUUGGCAAAAUUGCUCCAUGGUGUUCCAAUCUCAGACCUACAAUGCCCUUGAGAUCAACCUCCUGUUGACUGUCGAAGAGGACACAACAAUUGAAUGGGUUGUUAUCGAAGAUUUCACAGAGAAUGGCGAGUGGGCCAUCAAACACCGUCCGGCCAAGAAAGUUGUGAAUGCCGAACACUCCACCCCGAGCGACAUCGGGUACCAGCAAAUUGUCUUCUUCUUGAUCAUCCAGAGGAAGCCUCUCUUCUAUGUGGUCAACAUCAUCAUCCCCUGCGUGCUCAUCUCCUUCGUAGCCCUGCUGGUCUACUUCCUGCCUGCCAAAGCCGGUGGGCAGAAGUGCACGGUCUCCAUCAACGUCCUCUUGGCCCAGAUCGUCUUCCUUUUCCUGGUUGCAAAAAAGGUGCCCGAAACAUCUCAGGCAGUGCCUCUCAUUGGAAAGUACUUAACCUUCCUUCUGGUGGUGACCAUUACCAUCGUGGUGAAUGCUGUGAUCGUCCUCAACGUUUCUCUGCGCACGCCCAAUACCCAUGUGAUGUCCAAGCGAAUCCGACAGGUCUUCCUGCACCUGGUGCCCCAUUACCUGGGCAUGCACAUGAAACGCAUCUCCCUCCCCGAUGGGAAUCGGCUUGUGCGGCGACGGAGCUCCCUGAAUCUGAUGGCCAAAGCCGAGGAAUACAUGCUGUGGAAAGCCCGUAGCGAACUCCUGUUUCAGAGGCAGAAGGAACGAGACGGGUUGAUGAAGAGCCUCCUGGCCAAGAUCGGAGAAGGCUUGGAGAACGGAGGACCCCACGAAUUCUGCAGAAGCCUACGCCAUGCCGCUCCAGAAAUCCAGUCCUGUGUGAAUGCCUGCAACCACAUCACCAAGACUUUGCGAGAGAAGAACGAUUUUGAUAGCGAAAACGAGGAAUGGAUCCUGGUGGGGAGAGUCAUUGACCGUGUCUGCUUCCUCAUCAUGGCCUCCGUUUUUGUCUUCGGUACCGUUGGCGUCUUCCUGAUAGCUCACUUCAACCAAGCUCCAGCCAAACCUUUUGCGGGAGAUCCGAGGACAUAUCUGCCCGAGUAG